AUGCUCCCUGCACAAGAGAAGCGCCUACACGAGGAGAUGGCGGCCACAUCAGUAAAAUGUGAGCCGAUUCCGGUGUUAAGAAGCGAUGCUAAGCGGCUGCGGCUUGAAAUCGACGCCAGCGCUGCCAUCACACCGGCGCGGCACGCCUCCACCGAUCAUCAGCACGAGUAUCAUAAUCAGCAGCAGCCCUCCGUGAAUGGUGUGUCUCCCGACAGUUGCGACGACGACGACGACGAUGUCGAGGAGCCUGCGCUGUUUUCCAGCCCUCGGCGCUUAUGCGAAGACGUGCGCGUCUGUGGCUCGUCAGGUCCAGCUCAGCCGCAGCAGAGCCAGCCGCAGAUGCGUCGCAUCGCCCGUGCCCCGGAAGUCCACGGUGCCGUGACGAAACUACACUCGUUGCAGCAGCUGGAGGCGGUGUUCGGUACCGCCCCGCUGCCGUGCGACGGCCCCGUGGAGUUGUCGGCGCCGUCGCUUCCGCGGCUGCGGGCUGGCGAGACGGCGAUAGUCGUACUGCACAACGGCUCCGCGGAGGCGCGCGAGCUACUCCGCCCCCACACGGGGGAACUGUCGAAGUGCCGCAUCUUCCGCCUCGAUCUCAACACGCUGCCACCGUGCGAGUACGAGAGGAUCGGCGACGGCGGCCAUAGAAUCAGCGGCGUGCCGCAGGACGCGGCGUGCCAGGAGCAGUAUCCGGUGAGUUUGUCCCCACCAUCGCUUUCCUCACAUAUCCUGCGGGGCACGGAACGUCUGCUGCAGCGUCUCACCACCCUUCUCCGCACAGACGAAGUGCUCAAUCCGUGCGACCCUGAGGCACCAUCGCCGACGCCACUCAACAACGGCGAUGCGCAGUCCUCACAGCACGCCACCACCGCGCAGAUGGAUCCUCCCGCUCAGGAGUUUCGAGGGAAACGUGAGGAGCUCACGCUUCCCGCAAUGAUUGUGUGGCGCGCAGAGGGCGCACCAGAGGACGAAUACGUUAACAACGGUAAAAACAGCAGGAGCGACGUUGGAAAUGAGGACGGCUUGGUGGCUGCCGAGUCGUACGGGCGGCCGCUGGUGGUGAAGCAACUCACCGUGGUCGACCAGCUACACUCGCUGUCGCUCUUCGCGCCGGUGUACACCAUAGAACACUUCCUCCGCACCGUCGCUACGACUGCUCUCUUCCCCAAAGAAGCCUCUUCUGCUUCUUCUGCUCCUGCUGAUAAUGCUACUAACGGUACCACCGCGUGUGCGUCUGGCACUCGCUCGUUCAUCUACUUUGGCGCCUCCUGGUGUCCGCCAUGCAUGCGCAUCGUUGGUGUGUUGCCGGCGAUGUUGAAAGAGGACUUCCCGAGCAACGUCACGUGCUGCGUGAAGGCUGACAUGGAUCUCGCCAUGCCGCUGUACGAUUUUUUUGAUGUGAAGAUCAUACCUACGUUUAUCAUGUUCGACAACGACGUGCUGCGGCAGGCGGGCAACUGGGACGCGCUGCGCAGUGGCAAGCCCCUCGCGGAGGCGACGCUGCAGCAACUGAAGGAGGGUCUCCGCCGCAGCGAGUUGGGCCGCAUUCAGAACUCACAGCGGCUCAUUGUUCGCUCAUUCAUUGAAAAGCACUCGGCCGGCCUGAAGUUUGACGAUGACUUUUGA